GCUUCAUUUGGCAAAUAAUUGCUCCACGCAAAAGUUAUAAAUUGGACGCGUGAGCGACAAGUCGAUCGGCGAGUUGGUCCGAAGCGUCAAAUUAAAUAUUUGUUCAACGAUAAAAGUAACCACCACCACCAAAAUGUCAAAUGACAUUUCAAAGAAGAAAGGCAAGAGUUCCGGUGAGAAAAAGGCGAAGAAAAGAGUCCGACGUAAAGAGACGUACGCCAUGUACAUCUAUAAAGUUUUGAAACAGGUUCACCCGGACACCGGCAUCUCCAGCCGGGCCAUGAGCAUCAUGAACUCUUUCGUCAACGACCUGUUCGAGAGGAUCGCCACGGAGGCGUCGCGCCUGGCGCAGUACAACAAGCGCGCCACCAUCACCAGCCGCGAGGUGCAGACCGCCGUCAGGCUGCUGCUGCCCGGCGAGCUGGCCAAGCACGCCGUCUCCGAGGGCACCAAAGCCGUCACCAAGUACACCAGUUGCAAGUGACUGCGGGGUCUUGUUGUCACCUGACCAAUAAAUUUUGAACCUGGCCUGUAUCGAA